AUGGCCAUCGUGCAGACGCUGCCGGUGCCGCUGGACCCCGCUCCUGAGGCCACCACGACCCCGCACGCCCCGGCCAUGGGCAGCGUGAGCAGCCUCAUCUCAGGCCGGCCCUGCCCCGGGGGGCCAGCGCCCUCCCGCCACCACGGCCCCCCCGGGCCCACCUUCUUCCGCCAGCAGGACGGGCUGCUGCGGGGCGGCUACGAGGCUCAGGAGCCCCUGUGCCCGGCCGUGCCCCCCAGGAAGGCCGUUCCCGGCACCACCUUCACCUACAUCAACGAGGACUUCCGGACGGAGUCCCCGUCCACCCCCAGCAGCGACACCGAGGACGCCCGGGAGCAGCGGGCACGCAACGCCCACCUCCGCGGCCCCCCACCCAAGCUCAUUCCCGUCUCCGGGAAGCUGGAGAAGAACAUGGAGAAAAUCCUGAUCCGCCCAACGGCCUUCAAGCCAGUCCUGCCCAAACCUCGAGGGGCGCCGUCUCUCCCCAGCUUCCUGGGUCCUCGGGCCACCGGACUGUCGGGGAGCCAGGGCAGCCUAACACAGCUGUUUGGGGGCGCCGCCUCCUCCUCUUCCUCCUCCGCCUCCUCAGCUGCUGACAAACCCCUGGCACUGAGCGGCUGGGCCAGCGGCUGCCCAUCAGGGACGCUGUCGGACUCCGGCCGAAACUCCCUGUCCAGCCUGCCCACGUACAGCACGGGGGGCGCCGAGCCAGCCGCCAGCUCCCCGGGCGGGCACCUGCCCUCCCACGGCCCCGGGCGGGGAGCACUGCCAGGGCCAGCAGCCCGAGGAGCCCCUACCGGGCCCUCCCACUCGGACAGCGGCCGGUCCUCCUCCAGCAAGAGCACAGGCUCCCUGGGAGGCCGCGUGGCCGGAGGCCUCUCGGGCAGCGGCCCCCGGGCCUCCCCGGACAGCAGCUCCUGCGGGGAGCGCUCCCCGCCGCCGCCCCCGCCGCCCCCGCCCCCUUCGGACGAGGCGCUGCACUGCGCCCUGGAGGGGAAGCUCCGAGACCGCGAAGCAGAGCUGCAGCAGCUGCGGGACAGUCUGGAGGAGAGUGAGGUGUACGAGGACCGGCAGCGGCGCUGGCAGCGGGAGCGCGAGGCCCUGCGCGAGGACGGGGCGGCCCAGGCGCAGCGAGCCCAGCGCGCCCAGCAGCUGCUGCAGCUGCAGGUGUUCCAGCUGCAGCAGGAGAAGCGGCAGCUGCAGGACGACUUCGCACAGCUGCUGCAGGAGCGGGAGCAGCUGGAGCGGCGCUGCGCCACCUUCGAGCGGGAGCAGCGGGAGCUGGGGCCCCGGCUCGAGGAGACCAAGUGGGAGGUGUGCCAGAAGUCAGGCGAGAUCUCCCUGCUGAAGCAACAACUGAAGGAGUCUCAGGCAGAGCUGGUGCAGAAGGGCAGUGAGCUGGUGGCCCUGCGGGUGGCCCUGCGGGAGGCGCGGGCAGCCCUGCGGGUCAGUGAGGGCUGGGUGCGGGGCCUCCAGGAGGCGGCCCGAGCCCGAGAGCUGGAGCUGGAGGCCUGCUCCCAGGAGCUGCAGCGGCACCGCCAGGAGGCCGAGCGGCUUCGGGAGAAAGCCGGGCAGUUGGACACCGAGGCGGCGGGGCUCCGGGAACCCGCCGCGCCAGCUGCCCCUGCUGACCCGUUGCUCCUGGCAGAGAGCGAUGAGGCCAAGGCGCAGCGCGUGGCCGCCGGCGUCGGGGGCAGCCUGCGGGCCCAGGUGGAGCGGCUGCGGGCCGAGCUGCAGCAGGAGCGGCGCCGGGGCGAGGAGCAGAGGGACGGCUUCGAGGGAGAGCGGCUGGCCUGGCAGGCGGAGAAGCAGCAGGUGAUCCGCUACCAGAAGCAGCUGCAGCACAACUACAUCCAGAUGUACCGGCGGAACCGGCAGCUGGAGCAGGAGCUGCAGCAGCUCAGCCUGGAGCUGGAGGCCCGGGAGCUCGCAGACCUGGGCCUGGCGGAGCCGGCCCCCUGCAUCUGCCUGGAGGAGAUCACCGCCACGGAAAUCUAG